GUCAAAAUUUUUAUUAGUGUCAGCUGCCAUCGCAGUUAAAUAUUUGUCGGCGUAGAGUUCUGGUGAUUAAUACAAAGGAAAAAAAUAUAACUUUAGAAAGAAAACAAUAAAUUUUUGCAUAAAAAUCUACAAGAAAAAUGGCUGCACUAAAAGUUUAUUAAUUUGCGCAUUUAUGACGUGCCUUGGCAUGACUUUCCUUAUUUUGGCCUGUGCCGUGCCUCAACCAAAAAUUUUCUAUCCCUUCUUUGUUUUGCUAUUUUAUAUUUUAUCCGUCUUACCGAUGCUGCUAGCUAAAAGGCUGAGUCCCGGUUCCGAAACAAAUCCUAAAACAGAAUUUGCUCUAUUCUUAACAGCCGGCAUGGUAUUAAGUGCUUUUGCUUUACCUAUUGUAUUGGCUCACAGUGGAGUGAUUACCUGGUUGGCCUGUUCAUUAACAUUGAUCAGUAAUAUUAUCAAUUAUUUAACUAUAUUUGGUUAUGCCAUGAAAGAGAAUGAAUUUGAUGCUCCGUAUGGUGGCAUGUUCUAAA